AUGACUAGAGUAGACAUUUCCUUUGCAGUACAGGUAUUGAGCCAGUUUAUGCAUGCUCCAAAAGAGUCUCAUAUGGAAGCAGCACUCAGGGUAGUUAAAUACAUUAAAAUAGCUCCUGGUUUGGGGUUGCUUGUGCCUUCACAAAGCUCAGAACUAUUAACUACAUAUUGUGACUCUGAUUGGGGUACUUGUGUACAAACAAGGAAGUCUGUUACAGGAUAUCUUGUGAAAUUUGGAUAUGCUAUAGUUUCUUGGAAGUCAAAGAAGCAAGAAACAGUAGCAAGGAGUUCUGCUGAGGCUGAAUUCAGAAGUAUGGAUUCAACAGUUGCAGAGAUUACAUGGCUAAUUGGUUUAUACAAGGAGCUAGGAGUGAAUAUAAAGUAG